AUGGAUCUGACAUCUGUUUUUCCUGUAUUAGCUCCAGGCAAUGGUUCAUGUGGUUCUUGUUGGGCAUUCAGUGCUGCUGGAGCACGAGGACAGCUAAAAAGGACUACUGGUCAGGUGAAGUCUCUCAGUCCCCAGAACUUGGUUGACUGCUCUUCUAAGUAUGGAAACAUGGGUUGCCAUGGAGGUUACAUGACCAUGGCCUUCCAGUAUGUCAUUGACAAUGGUGGAAUAGAUUCUGAUGAAGCCUACCCUUACACUGCAAUGGAUGGACAGUGCAGGUAUGACCAAUCACAAAAAGCAGCCAAUUGCUCUAGUUACAGUUGUGUUUCUGAAGGUGAUGAGGAGGCACUUACAAGUGUGGCCACCAUUGGACCCAUCUCUGUGGCUAUUGAUGCUACUCGUCCAACGUUUAUCCUAUACCGCAGUGCUCCAGGCAAUGUUUGUAUGAAAAUUUUUAAUGUUUCUUUCUAUCAGGGUUCAUGUGGUUCUUGUUGGGCAUUCAGUGCUGCUGGAGCACUUGAGGGACAGCUAAAAAGGACUACUGGUCAGGUGAAGUCUCUCAGUCCCCAGAACUUGGUUGACUGCUCUUCUAAGUAUGGAAACAAGGGUUGCCACGGAGGUUUCAUGACCAAGGCCUUCCAGUAUGUCAUUGACAAUGGUGGAAUAGAUUCUGAUGAAGCCUACCCUUACACUGCAAUGGAUGGACAGUGCAGGUAUGACCAAUCACAAAAAGCAGCCAAUUGCUCUAGUUACAGUUGUGUUUCUGAAGGUGAUGAGGAGGCACUUAAGCAAGGUGUGGCCACCAUUGGACCCAUCUCUGUGGCUAUUGAUGCUACUCGUCCAACGUUCAUCCUAUACCGCAGUGGUGUCUACAGUGACUCAAGCUGCAGUCAGGCUGUAAACCACGGAGUGCUGGCUGUAGGAUAUGGCAACCUGAAUGGUGAAGACUAUUGGCUAGUGAAAAACAGCUGGGGUACUGGAUUUGGAGAUGGAGGCUACAUCCGUAUUGCACGCAACAAAGGAAAUAUGUGUGGCAUUGCAAAUUAUGCUUGCUACCCAAUCAUGUAGCACAGAUGAGCAGAAGCCUGUUCUUGGAAUAGUAUCACCUUUAUUUCUAGGAUGUUUUUUAAUCAGUUGUUUUUUAAUCUUUUAAAUUUUAAUUUAAAAAUUGUAAUCUUCAAUGUUAUUUUUUCACUGAAUACAUUGAUUUUUUUACUUAAAGACUUUUAUAUAUUGAAAUUGUGGCAUGAAAACAUGAUUCUACCCCAGUGAAUAUACAAGUGACUUUUUAUUAGUGCAACAUCACCACAAACAAUUUCACAUGAGGUAUCAAAGGAUUUUUCAAAAUUGGUACACAACAUCCAGUUAUGAUUGACACGUAGACUGUCAUGAUUCAAAACCUUUGGUUGGUUAGCAACAUUCAUAGGUUAACAUGAGGAGAGAAUGGCACAAUGACUUACUGACAAAUGUCCCAAAUGAAAUGGACGCAAACACGAUGAAUGGUAAUGAUUUUUUAAAGCUUUUUUUGGUACCUGUAACCUUUAAAUGUUUUAGGGAUCACAAUAUUGAACACCUUUUUAACUAGAAAAUCGGAUGUCAACGGUUGUUCUAAAUCAUCUUUCAGUUCUACAAGCUGAAAGGUCAAUUUUGUAUAUGCUUUAAAACGUUCUCUAUCAAUGUAACAUUGUCUUCUAAAAUUAUAUUCUAUUUAGACAAAUUACAAAAGGUGUUCAGUGACUGUAACUAUAUUAUGAACAGACACUUUACAGUUUUUGUCAGGUUUGGCUCUGAAGUCAUCUAUAUUCAACUGUUGACUAUUCAUUUUUUUUGUUAUUUUAUUUUACUGGUUACACUUGUGGGAAGAAUAAACAAUCAUAAAUACA